UAUUUUAUAAAAGACGGGUGUCCAUUUGUUAAGGACGAACUUGAACUGGCUGUUAUAGAGCAGGAGACGGGUUUUGGCAGUUUUGCCGAUUGGACCAAAAUCACUCUGCCAAUCAACGAGCAUUUAUUCUCUUCACUUUCAGUAAAUGGGUCUUCAUCUGAAGAGUCACAACGUGAAAACGAUGUGAUCCUUCACUGUGAUGUUUUUGUUUGUACGGGUCAUCAACUUCAUGGCUUCCAGAAUGCACCCACUGUGAGUUAUUAUGCACUUGUUUAG